GUGUGGUGUGUGUGUUUGUAUAUGUAUAUAUUUAUAUAGAUAUUCUUUCUUCACAAUAGCUUUAUUAAUUGCUGCGCGAUUGCAUGAAUUUAGCAGAUCAACUGCUGACAUUAUAAAAAUUGUCAAGGUUCACGAAUCUACCCUACGUAAAAGAUUGAUGGAAUUUGGUGAUACACCAUCUAGUGGUUUAACAUUAGAUGAAUUUAUGACGGUAGAUUUAGAAGAAGAACAAGAUCCCCCAGCAUUUAAAGCAGCACGUAAAAAAGAUAGAGAACGUUUACAACGAUUAGAAAAUAUAGAUAUGGAAAUAAAUGAACUGCAAGCAGAAAUUGAUAGACAGCUAGAAGAUUACAGAACAGGAAAAGCAAGGAAACGGAAGGAUGCAUCUUCUAUAGAAAAUGAAGACGCAGAUAGAUUUAUUCGAGAAAGUAAUUUGAGUGUAAUUCAAAAAUAUGUUGAGAACAAUAUGGAUGGUCCCAAUGAUGAAAUCCGAGAUUCUAUAUCAUAUGAAAAUAAUAGUUCACUUGUAACUGGAUUAGGUCCGGAUAUAGCCUCUAUGAUGUCUACAAAUGAUCAUUCAAGUGAAACCAAAGAAAAAGAUAAUUUUGAAAAUUCUUCUGAAGAAAUCUACACGAAUGAUAUUGAUGAUGAAGAAUUAGAUAGUUAUAUUCUUUCGGAAAAAGAAUCACAGUCCAAAUCUGCCCUUUGGAAUAAAGUAAACGCAGAUUAUCUUGUUCAACAAAAGGAAAAAGAAGAAAAACGUUCAAAAGAGAAAGAAGAAGGUAAACCUGAAAAGAAAAGAAGAAGGACGACGUCUAAAAAACACAAAACACCCGCAAAUACUGCAGGCGAAGCAAUCGAAAAAAUGCUACAAGAAAAAAAGAUAUCCUCCAAGAUUAAUUACGAAGUGUUGAAAAAUCUAAACCAACAACAAAACAGUCAAGAGUUACCAAUUACGAAUACACCGGAAUCAGACAUAAUAAGUUUUAAGAAACCGGUAACAGUUAAUUCUACACUAAAGUCUACAGAUGUUUCGCUGACAAGAAAAUGUCGUUCCGUUAAACCAAAUACUCAGCAAUUUAAGGAAAUGGAUAAGACAUCAAGAAAAGAGGAUAAAGAAUUUACAAAAAAAGAGAUCAAUUCAAUAGAAAUAGAUGCUCCUAUAGUAGACACAUCUGAAAUUGUAUAUGAUAAUGACGAUUAUCUUGAUGAAGAAGAAUCUGAUGCUGCGGAAAUAUCACUUGGACAGAUGCUUGAGUCUCGUGCACCGUCUGAGAGUGAAUUUUGUGACGAUAGUUAUGAAUAUGAAUAAAAAUAAUAACU